CUAACCGGAACCCUAAUCAUUUCAUCGCCGUGACCGGGAGCUUAACCCUCUUCGUUUCAACCGUCGAUUUUAUCAUACCAAUGGCUCGUACCAAGCAAACCGCUCGCAAGUCCACCGGCGGCAAGGCCCCGAGGAAGCAGCUCGCCACCAAGGCAGCCCGCAAGUCAGCUCCGGCGACCGGUGGCGUGAAGAAGCCCCACCGCUUCCGUCCCGGAACCGUCGCCCUCCGCGAGAUCCGGAAGUACCAGAAGAGCACGGAGCUCCUGAUUCGCAAGCUGCCCUUCCAGAGGCUCGUCCGUGAGAUCGCGCAGGACUUCAAGACCGACCUGAGGUUCCAGAGCUCUGCCGUGGCCGCUCUCCAGGAGGCCGCUGAGGCCUACCUCGUUGGGCUCUUCGAAGACACCAACCUCUGUGCGAUUCACGCGAAGAGGGUCACCAUCAUGCCCAAGGACAUCCAGCUUGCGAGGAGGAUUCGGGGCGAGAGGGCUUGAUCUUAGUUGCUUGCUAGGGCUUGCAACGCGAACUCUGUAAAUUUGUUAGCUUUGAAUCUUUUUAUGAAUUGCAUAGCUGCAGAUUCCGUAGCAGCGGGAGAUCGAGAUCUCAAUGCAUUCUCUGUUGACUAAGGUGCUUUGCUCACUUGUGAUAGUUCAAACGAAGCUGUUGAACAUUUGUUGAUUUCAUUUACUUUCGCUGGGAAAAAUUGAAACCUUGAUCUUGGCACGAUCCCAACAUCUCCGAUGUCUGCAAAGAACUGCUUUUGUUGGCAAAUGCAGCAUACCCUUGAUUC